AUGAAUUUUAAAAAUGAAAAAAUUAAUGAUAUAAAGAAUAAUUUCAAGAGCGAUUCUACUGGUUUUAUAAUAACAGAAUCGUAUGAAAAUCAUAAUGAAGAAUGUGGAACAAAUAUUAGUGAAUUAAGAGAAGAUAAAAGAAAAAAAAAAAAAAAAACACAUGCAAAUGAUGAAUUUUCAGAUAAUAUUGAUGCAUUUUAUUCAAAUGUAUUAAAAAGUAAAAAAAUAAAAGGUAAAGAAAAUAAGGUAAAAACCAAUACAGUUAAAGAUUCAGAAAACUUUUAUGAUUGUUUUGACACAAAUUAUAUUUCAGAAAAUAAAUCACAAAAACUAACAAGUAAAACUAAUAAAAAAAAAGAAUUACUUGAAAUAAAUAAAAAUAUGAAUGAAAAUAAUAAUAUUAAUAAUGAUAAUAAUAUAGAUAAAGAAAAAAAUAUAAAUGAAAUGUUAUUAAAAGAUAAUAUAAACAUUGAUAAACAAUUAUUGUGUUCUAAUUUAAAUAAAAACGAUCAAGUUAUCGGGAAAAAAAGAAAAGGCAAAAAAAAUGCAGAAACAAAAAUAGAAAACAAUUUAAAAAAAACUAGAAAAGAAUAUAUAAAGAAGUACAAAUAUAAAAAUAGUAUAGAAUACAAUGAAGAUAAAAGAAAAAGUUUAUCUAAUAAUAAUAAUUUAAAAAAAAAUGAUAAAGAAAAUUUUAUAGAUGAAUUAUCAAUGAACAGUAAAGAUAAAAAUACAAGUAUUGGUACAGGUGGUUUAAUUGAUAAAUUAAAUAUGUAUGAUAAUGAGAAUAAUGAAAUGCAUAAUAGAAAAAAUAAUUUUAAUUUAGAUAAUCUGUUAUCUAAUGAAAAACCGUACUACUGUUCUAAUUUUUUAGAAAAUGAAGCAUUAGCUGAUACAUCUGAAAAAACAUUAAAUAGCUAUUGCAACGCAGAUGUAGAUAAUUCUACUGAAAGUAUUUUAGGUAGCAUUUCAAAAAGCAAUAAUAAUUAUGAUAUUUUUUAUGUGAAUAAUAAAGUAAAAGAUUUCAAAUCAGAAGAACUGAUUGAUAUAGGAAAGGUAGCUUGUAUUGAUAAUAAAAAAAAAAAAAGUGACUUUAAAAAAUUAGAAAGAAAAAUUGAAAAUAAUGAAAGCACAGAAAUUGCAAAAAUAAAUAAUAAUAAAAAUAUUAUAAAUGCUAACAUGUAUGCAAAUAAUAAUGUAGAAAAUAAAGAUGGUUUAAUAACACAAACAAGUAUUCCUCCUGUUGUUGAAAAAAAAAAAAGAGGAAGAAAAAGAAAAAUACAAAAAAAUUUAGAAUUUUUAGUGAAUACAUAUAAAAAGACAAGUAAUACUGAAAAUGAUAAAUUACCAAAAAUUCAUAUAUACAAGAAAGAAAAGAAAAAUGAUGUAUGUAACAAUCAAUUGUUUGAAUUAAAUGAUUAUAAAUAUAUAUCAAAUAAUAUGAAUUCAUUUGAUGAAUCCUUUUCUUUAAAAAAGAAUGCAAAAUUUUGUAAUAAUAAUAGUGCCAUGCAAACUAGAAGAAAGUCAAAAGAAGUAAAAAGCAAAGAUGAAAAAUAUUCUCCCUAUGCAGAUUAUAUAUAUAACAAAAAUGGAGGCAAAAGAAAGUAUACAAAAAGAAAAUAUAAAAAAAAAUAUAUGACCUCUAGCAUUUACCCAACUGAUAUUUCAAUUAACGCAAUAAAAUAUAAAAAUAAUAAAGCUUUAGAGAAUAAACGACUUUUCCCUAAUGAAAUUUUUAUGAAUAAAGACGAAUUCAUGAAUAAUAUAAAUAAUAUUAAUACUAUAUUUAAUUUUAAUGAAGAAUUCUUAAAAUUUUUAUAUAAAGUAAGUAAAUGUAAAGAUAUAGAUUAUGAUUUAAUGCUAUCCUUUUUAGGUGAUAUUCAAGUUAAAUUAUCAGAAAACAUACAAGAAGAAUUUUCAAAUGAAUUCUGUAAGUCACACAAUGUAGAUGACACCGUUUAUGCUAUGAAUCAGAUAGUAGAUAUUUUAAAUAAUAAUAAUGAAAUUUUAAGCAAGUUAAAUCAACUGGAAUAUAAGUUCUAUUAUGAUUACUUAAAAAAUAAAUCGAAAGAAAAUCAAAUUAAUGGCAAUAUAAAUGAAAUAAAAAAAAAUACAUUGGAAAAUAACUCAAGGGAUAUUACACAAGAUUUUAAUGAAUCGAGUAAGCAGUUACAAAUAAAUAACAUUAAUAAUAGUACAAUAAAUAAAGAAUAUUAUACAAUAACUAAUGAAAAUGGUGAAGAUGAUAAAAAAAUAAAUGAUUGUUCUUUUUCUAAAGGUAAUUUAGAAGUGUGUGAUGUUCAAAGUAAUAAGAUUUUAACUGAUGACUAUAAUAAUCUAAAAAAGGAAGAUAAUAAUAAUAGUUCAAAAAAUAACAUUUCAAGUAUGAAUAAUGAAAAUGGAUUUACGAAGUUUAAUAAUUUAUAUAAAAAGGAAGAUGAAAAUAAUAACUAUAACAGUAGUAAUAAUAAUAAUAAUAAUACGAAUAAUGAUGUUUUAUUAAGAACAUUAAAUUCGGAGUCACUUACACAAAAUAGCACUGAUUUUGUAAAUAAAUCCAAAAUCAUUUCAAAUGAUUUAUAUUCAUUUAAUGGAAAAAAUGAAAACAUAAAAGAUGGUGAAACAGUUGAUAAGUUUAGUGAAAAUAAUAAUGAUACUCAUUAUUAUAUUCUAAAGGAAAUAAAUAAUUCGAGCAAAGGGACAAAUAAUUUAAAUAAAAUUGAAUAUAAAUAUGAAGAUUUGCAUGAAAUAAAUUAUCAGAAUAAUAUAGAUUUUGUAUGUGAUGAAUUAAAUAAAUUAAUAAAAGAAACAUUAAAAAAUGAAAGUUUAUUUUAUUCUAAGCCUUUAAAGAAAAAAUAUGAAAAUAUUUCUGAAAGAAUUUUAUAUAAAAAUUAUAUUUCCACAAAAAUAUAUAAAAAUAGUAAUUUGAUAAAUAAAAGAAAUGAAGAUAUGUGUUUAAAAUACUCAAAUGAUUCUAUUUAUGAAAACAGAGAGGAUAAUAAGUUUUUAAAAAAGUACACUGAAUUUUUUAGGAAACUUAACUUUAUCAAUAGUAAGAGCAAAUUACAUGAUAUUAAUGAUAAUAUAAAAAAUCAAAAUACAACAAUCGACGAAAUAACAAAUUGUAACUUUCAUUCUGUUAAAGAAAACUAUAAUGAUAAUGGUGAUACAUUACAUCUAGAUAUGGAUAAGAUGAAUGAUUGUAAUUAUAGGUAUAAAUGUAAUUUAAAUGAUGAAUAUAACUCAAAGAAUAUAAAUAAAGUCAUAGUAAAAAAUGAAUAUAAUAAUAAUAAUAGUAAAAAUUAUUUAAAUGAGAAGGUAAAUAUCAAUAACGAUAUUACGGCAUCUGAUAAUUCAAAAAAGAUAAAUUGUUCUAUUAAAGAUGAUGGUAAUGAAAAGAAUGAAGAAUAUGCGAUCAAUCAGAAAAGUGAAGAAAAUAAAGAAAAAAAAGAUAAUUUAACAAAUAUUUCAGAUCUUAUUUCCUUCUUUAAAAUAAAAACAGAGAAGAAUGAAGAAAACGAAAAUGUUAAAAAAAUGGAAAACAAAAAUAAUGAAACUAAUGAAGAAAGGGAUAUUAUGGAUAAAGAAAUUACGAAUAAUUUUAAUCAUAUAAAAGAAGUCAACUAUUAUGAUGUAAAUGAAAAUAAUUUUUUGGGUCAAAAUAAUGAAAAAAAGAAGAUAAAUAAUUUAAGCCAAGAAAUAAUUUUAGUACAGGAUAAUCAUUUUUUAAAAAAGAAAUAUGACACAAUGCUAAUUAAUAAUGAUAUUAAUAAUUCACAAAAUGAUGAACUUAAAAAUUACGAUACUCUAAAAAAUGUUCCAUUUGAUAAGUUUAAUGUCAGCACCGAAAGUAAUUCUUCUAACGAUAAGGAAAAAAAAAUACUUUUAGAUGAUAAAAAAAAAUUUAUUGAAAAUAAUCUUGAUAUUAAAAAUAGCAUUAUAAUUGAAAACAAUUACGACAAGGGUGAUAAUGAAUAUAUCACAAAUAUUUCUCAUAUUGAUAGGAAUAUAAAAAAGGAAAUAAUUUUUUCUGUAAAAGAAAAAGAAGACGAUGCUGUAAAUAAAGAUAUAAAAAAUUCUCUUCUAGAUGAGAAUGAUAUUUUUUAUAACGAGAUUAAUAAAGAUAAAAAAAAUGAGUAUAAUUCUAAUACUGAAGAAGGCAAUAUGAAAUUAAAAAAUAUAGAAAUCAUAACUAAUAAUCUUGAUUCAAAUAGUAAUGAUAAAGCAAAUAGUUCUUUUUUAUUGAAAGAAGAAUUAAAUGAUGUAAAAACAAAAUUUAUUGAUUAUAGUAGUAAUAAAAAUAAUUUUUUAAAAAGUGAAAAGAAAAAUGAUACCUUGUCGAUAAAUCAUGAAGAUAAGGAGGCAGUUAAUUGUUAUAAUUUAAAUAUUAGUAACAAUACGGUUUCAAAUGACAUUGAUGCACACAAUAAAAAAACUAUAAAUAGUUUAUUAAAAGAAACAUUUGAUUUAAAGAAUGAUGAAAUUAUUAAUAUAAAAACGGAUAAAACACAAAAAGAAAUUUUAGACUGUUUGAGCAUGAUAUCUAAAAUAAAAAAAAUAUUUUUUGAUGAAUGUACGAAAAUGAUUAAUAAUCAAAUUUAUCUUUUAGAAAAAAAUUUUCGAAUACCGAACUGUUCCUUAUCUAUAUUAAAAAAUUCAUUUGGAUAUAAUAGUAAUAAAUAA